AUGGACCAGUAUUCGUUUAAACAACUGACUGCCAAGGAGAAAGCCAAGCAGCAAGAGCUGGAAAAUCGGGGCAAGCUGGAUGUGAUGCGAUAUCUUCGUGAAUGUUCUGGAAGAAAGUACGAUAAGCCUGUAACUCUGGCAGAUUGGGACGACGAGAGCAAUUUGGAACAGGAGAUAGUGGACCAGAUGCGCCACAUCGGUUUUAAGUCGUGGGACGAAGAUGCAGACCCUAUGGAACCUCUGAAUUUGCCAGGGUUGCCAGCUUCCAAAAAUCCCUUGGUGCUGGGCACAGGAAAUAAUCAAUUUCCGCUGAUUGUGGAUCCCAAUUACUUCAAUCGGUACAAGACUCCCCGAAUUACAAUUCGCAAGGACCUCUUACCGGGAUAUGAGUCAUUCGAAAGGGAAUAA